AUGAAUUCCUUCCUGGUGAGAGAAGCUUUGGGCUAUUCCGAGUUCGUUGAGGCCAUCUCAAGGCUCCACGAGGACAAGCUUGGCAUCAAGCAGGAGGAGAAAGACUUCGGCUUGCCUGAUGAUGCUGAAGCAUGGGAUGAAUGGGAUGAUUGGUGGCCAGACUCCGAGGAGCCACCCGCUGAUGAUGAAGAAGAUUCCAAGGAGGAUCAAGAUCCCAAGUCGAAGCCUUCAGCAUCGACGACAUCUGCUGCCGCUGGCCCUCAAGACAUGGGUGGCUCGCCUAGUCACCAUGGCUCAGCUGGAACUCCAGCAGUGGAGAAGACCUCGCCUGCUCAGGCCAAGCCUCUCGACGAACUUUCAUUAGCGGAUUCAUUUGUGCUGGGAGUGUUGAGGGGGUUCAGACUUCUUCAAGCCGCUGGUUUGAACCCUGAUGAAAAACGUGACAUCAUUUCCACCACAAAAGGUUCCUUGGAGUUUGAAACUGUCACCCAAGCUCUUCAGACCCUUUGGGAUGAUCAGUUGUUGGGGGGUAGAACUGGUUCAUUUGGCCAACAAGCAAUGUUUCAAGAGCUCUAUGCCUCCCAAGCUGAUGAUGAUUGGUGGGAGGAUGAUGAAAGCUGGAACUGGCAUGCCUAUGUGGGCACUGAUGAUUGGAGUGAACCAGAAGCUGACAUCUCAAAGUCAGCUGAUGGCAUGGCUUUGGAACAGCGCACAUGGACUGAGGCCCAACGUGCUCAAGCUGCUCUUCGGAAAGAUCGUGGCUUUGGUCAUGUCACCGGCAAGGGACAACCUCGUCCUGCGUGUUUCAAGUGUGGGUCAACUCAACACCUGGCACGGGAAUGUCCAGAUCGCAUGCACCCCCAGUUCCACAAGGGUAAGUCUAAGGGCUACAGCUCCUUCUACACGGACUACUCCCCAGUGUAUGACACGUACAUGAUCGGUAAGGGCAAGGGCAAACCCAAGUCAAAGUCACCUUCACGACCUGCACACCUACAUGCCGUGUGGAAGGGAAAGGGCAAGAGCAAGAACAAAGCUCUUGGCCGACCUGCUGUGAAUGCCUAUGCCAUGGAGCCCUUCUACAUGAACGGGCUUGAGAUUCAUGAGAGUCUCACGACUGAGCAUUUGAAUGCGGCCUCAUCGGCCAAUGUUUCUCCUGGCGAGGCCUUGAUUGAUAGCGGUGCUACUGCCUCGGCAGGCCCUGAAGAAUCAGUCAAGGGGCUGAUCCAGGCCUUGCUGAGCUUUGAUCCUGGAGCCUCCAUCGACGUGCAACCGUAUGCGCGGCCGUACUUUCGAUUCGGGAAUGGUCGAUGGGGUCAGGCACUUUACAGAGUGGUCCUUUCCAGCAAGGUUUCAGGUCAUCUUCGAUCGUUUGGACUGUAUGUUUUGCCAAACCCACCUGAGUUUGACACCAACAAGGGCACCCUGGUUCCAAUACUUUUGGGCAUGGAUCAUUUGGCCGGAGCCGAAUCCGCGAUGGUGAUCGACUUCAUGACGGGAUUGGCCCUGAAUGCACAUGAAGAGCACCCCGAAGCAUAUCAGUUGAAGACCAACAACAAGGGACACUAUAUCCUGGACAUCUCCUACUACCUUACAAUGGGCAAUAUUGGUUCUGGUCACAUGUACACGAUCGUUCAAAAGCACUUUUGCAAAGAGUUCAUGCAGCAGGCGGAGGAGUCCCUCAUGGUCACGAUCAACCAGGCCAUUCUGCGCAAAGACGACGCCUCCCAGCACUCAGAGUCCAUCACAGUCGACUCAGAGCUGGCACGUGAUCACCGAUCCCGAGAACCUGGCAGAGGCCUACCAGCAGGAGCAUGUCGAACAGUGAGCAAGCACAUGGCGGCCAAGGUGAUGCUCAUGGCCGUCACUUUGACCACAGCCCUGACCAACUCAGCCAUGGACCUCAUACAAGAUCAAAGAGAUGGCUUGUGGGAGUUUGCUUGCGCUCCUGACAGCUGGCUCACCAAGGCUUCGGAACGCCAAGGACUACACUGCAAAAGGGUCAAUCUUCACCAAGGCUAUGAUCUCUAUCAACCUGCCACUUGGGAGCGGCUGGCUCAUGAGAGAAAGGUGAAACGUCCGAAGAGAUUGUGGUUCUCACUUCCUUGCACCAAGUGGUGUCCCUGGACCCGUUUGAACUACCAAGGUCCAGAAAGACAAGAGCUGCUGGAGAGCUAUCGUCGUCGAGGGCGUCGCAUGCUUGGCUACGCUGCACGCUUCAUCAAGGACGCCUUGGAGGAGGACCCCGAGACCUUCGUCUACUGGGAAUGGCCAAAAGAAUGUCUUGGGUGGCAUCAACGAGCACUUCAAGACCUACAAGCAUAUAUGGAAGAACAGUGCAUUCCCUGGCAACAAUGCCGUAUAGAUGGAUGUCGCUAUGACCUUAAGUCCAUCGAUGGCACUGGCUUCAUUCAUAAGAAGUGGCGCAUCAACACCACGGAUGAGGGCUUCUGGAGCCGCUUCAAGGCCAAAACGUGCUGCUCAAUCCAUCAGCAUGUGAGUAUUACCGGACAGGAGACAAGCCGGUCAGCCUUCUAUCCAUGGAAAAUGGUCGAAGCCAUCAGCCGCUUCUGGAAGUCACAGAUGGUGAAUGCACAGCGAUCUCGCUACAUCAUGGCCAAGGAAGAUGUGAACUCCCUGGACUUCAUCAAUGAGAAUGACAUCAUGGCUGCUGAGAAUGCUGAAGAUCCAGAGCAAGAUCAGGCAAUAGCAGCUCCGUCAUCCUCAUCUCAGUCCGAAGCCAUGGCACUGCCACCAUCCAGACAAGAAGCAGAGAGAUGGACUGCCCGUGUCGCACACUACCACAAGGCAGCUGGACAUCCAACUGUUCGGAACACAGUCCGACUUCUUCGAGAUUCUGGUCAACCUCUCUGGAAGAUCCGCAUCGCUGAGAACUUUAAAUGCCCAGCAUGUGAGUCCCUGAAGCCUGGCGGCUCAAGCUCUGGAGGAGUGCCACCAGCAGCAACUCACGAACUACCUCAAGCCUGGACCACCGUCGGUAUAGAUGUCUUCGACUGGACGGUGCCUGGACAAAAGAAGAAAGUGAAGGGACUGUUGAUGCUGGACAUGGCCACCAAGCUUCGAGUGGUCGUACCGGUGAUGCCUCCCUUUGAGCUCCUCGUCAUGAAGACCGAGACUGCCCAACAGAUCAUCAAGGCCUUCUGCGAGGGAUGGUUGGCUCACUAUCCCAAGCCUCUGCAGCUCAUUCCCGACAAUGGCAGGGCAUUUGGGUCCGAAGAGUUCACCAAGUUCUGCCAAGACAAUGGCAUUGUCGUCAACUUUCCAGCCGAGAAAGAGGCCUGGAGUCAUGGUGUGGUUGAGCAUGCCAUCAAAGAUCUGAAACACACAGCAUCUGCAAUCCAGCUGGAGGCCAUGGAUCAGGACCCAAUGGUCACUUUGGUGCUGGCUGCUUCCGGCUACACUUCUCAUCAAUGGGCCUUCGGCAAGGACCACAGCCUGUUGGAUGAAGACUACAUGACCUUCAACCAGAUCAAGGACAAACUGUCAUACUCCAAACUGGUGUCAGCCCGACAUCAGGCUGAGCAAGUCGCUCGCAAACAUCGAGCUGGACGCAUCUUGAUGAGGCUCUCCAAUUCCAAGGCACGGCAACCUCUUCGAGACUACAAGUGCACCGAUCUUGUGAAGAUCUGGCGACGAGUUCAUCCCGAACUUGAAGGACCACGUGGUGGUACGAGGAAAAGUCAACGACCCGGAUGGAUCGGUCCUGGUCGUGUCAUCUUCUCUGAGGCACUACCACAUCAAGAUCCUCAAGAUCACCGGAAGCAUGUGGUUUGGGUUCUCAUGCAGGGCAAACUCUUCCGCUGCUCUGCUCUGAGUGUUCGUCCAGUCACUGAGCCAGAACGUCUUCGCUGGGAGGUGACAUCCAAGGAAGACAUCAGCCAAUGGAAGACUCUGGCCGACAUCAUGCCAAAGAAAGAGCACCAGGACCUCACUGAUGAGAUUCCUGCCGAAAAUGAGCCGGAACAUCCCAAUCUUCCAUGGCAUCCUGAUUCCACCACAUAUGCUCCCAUCAGACGUCAGACCACCAAGUCAACGUUGGCACCUGAAGAUUAUCGAGUGGUUCAUCGAUCAUCUCCGCUUGGUCUUGAAAAGAAGAGCAUCGUGUCGGUCAACGAAUAUGAACCCACCGAGCCAGACACUGCUCCAGAACCGGCAUCCAAGAGAGCUCGUGGUGAAGAAGAUGAUCUCCUACAUCUCUCAUGGGUGGAAAAGCUGCAAGUCGAUGCAGCUCUUGAGGAACAAGCCUUCAGCUUGAACCAGCUCGUGAGAGAGAAUGAGGACAUCCUGACUGUCACCUUUGAGGUGGAGGCCACGUCCCAUCGUCAACGCAAUCGUGUCAGCUUGGAAAAGUUCAUGACCAUUUGGCGAUGGUCAGUGGCAUUUGACCACAACUUCGUGGCCGCCAAGAAGAACAAGAAAGCUGGCAAGUCCGCAGUGGCCCACAUGGAUGACUCGCUUGGUGAUGAAGGACACCACGACUUCUGGGAGUCCAUGCAGGGCAAGUUCAUGGAGCUUGCAAUCAUUGCCAGAGACCUACCUGGUCACCAGCUUCUGAGUGAGGACCAGUCCUUUGGCUCGAGCCCUGGCACGCCCGGCCCGAGUGAGCUCGUGAGCAAGUCGCGGCAGCUCCGGGCGGACGACGACGUCAAAGGCAAGAUCGUGUCUACACCGCGUUCUGGAGAGAUGACCGCCGUGGUCAUCGUCCAGGGCUUGAAGUUGUUGAGCUUAAUGUAG